AUGAAUAUGCUAUAUUCUUUCUUUCUCUCUUUCUUUCUUUCUUUUUUUUCCUUUUUUCGUAAUGGUAACAAAUUCUUUUCUUUGAAACUGUCAUCUUUUCUUUUCCAAGUAUAUUCUUUCUUUCUCUCUUUCUUUCUUUCUUUUUUUUCCUUUUUUCGUAAUGGUUUUAAAUUCUUUUCUUAUAAAUUGUCAUCUUUUCUUUUUCAAAGUUUUCUUUCUUUUCUUUCUCUUUUUUUCAUUUUUUUUUUUUUUUCUAUAUUCUUUCUUUCUUUCUUUCUUUCUUUCUUUUCUUUCUUUCUUUCCUUUUUUCGUAAUGGUAACAAAUUCUUUUCUUUGAAACUGUCAUCUUUUCCUUUCCAAGUAUAUUCUUUCUUUCUUUCUUUCUUUCUUUCUUUCUUUCUUUCUUUUUUUUUUUCUUUUUUUCGAAAAUGUAUAUUCUUUCUUUCGAGUUUUUUCUUUCUUUCUUCUUUUCUUUCCUUUUUUUAA